AGAAAGUCUUCCCGGAGCAUUAUGGAUCCCGCUUCGACACAACGCUGCAGGUGGUGGUGUGGGAGUUCCUCUGUCGGCUGGAGGAGCUGCUCCCGGUGUCUGGGUUCUGUGAGGUGGCCUCCAACUUCCACCUUGAUUCCCUGGACCCCGAUGCUCACCACUUUAUCUCCGACCCUGAAGACUUUACUACUCUACUGAAGCAUCGACAAAAAGGCUGGAAGUUGAAGAAGAACCCGCCGUCCUUCAGCUCCCGGGUGCUCCUGUCCUCUCUGGCCUCCAGGCGGCUCGGCCUCCGGGCUGAGGACUACUUCAUCGAGGAGGGGGCAGCGGGGGAGAGCGUACCGGGGCUGGACCUCCGGGAGCAGGACGUCACGGCCGCCCAGCGCCCUCCACUCGAUGGAGACGGAGAGGAGGAGGAAGAUGAGGAGGAAGAUGAGGAAGAAGAUGAGGAGGAGGAGGAAGAGGAGGAGGGGGAGCCGGAGUCGGAGCCGGAGGAGCCAGAGGUCAUCGGUUCCUCCCCUCCCGCCCCCCCCCCUCGCCAGCGCCAGCCCCCCUGGCUCCGCCCCCGUGGCCGCCCGGAGCCAGUCCUGCCCGUACUGCGGCCGGAGGUUCAGCAGCUGGGCGGAGCUGCUGGGCCACCGCUGCAGCGUGCACGGCGCCAUUGGGCGGGGCUUCCAGUGCGGCCGCUGCCAGAGACAGCUGUUCUCACAGAAGGCCCUGACGCGGCACCUCAUGGCGCACGCCACGGGGCCUGAAGGGGCGGGGCCUGAAGGGGCGGGGCUCGAAGGGGCGGGGCCAGGGCUGCAGUGCGAGCAGUGCCUGCGGCGGCUGGGCUCGGAGAACGCCCUGAGGUCGCACCUCCUGGCCCACGAGCAGCAGAAGGCGGCGGCGGCGGCGGCGGCGGCGGCGGCGGCGGCGACGGCAACGCGGACCUUCCAGUGCGACCAGUGCCAGCGGCAGCUGGGCUCGGAGAAGGCCCUGAGGAAGCACCAGGCGACGCACGGGGUCAACCGCUCGGUGGUGUGCCCCCAGUGCAACAAGGUGCUGAAGUCGGUCCACUGGCUGAAGACGCACCUGCGCCUGCACACCGGGGAGAGGCCCUUCCCCUGCACCUUCUGCGGGAAGCGCUUCAAGGAGAAGGGCGUGCUCCGGGCGCACCUGAAGCUGCACGGCGCAGAGUACGCCUACCUCUGCAGCGAGUGUGGCAAGGGCUUCAACCACAUGACGUCGCUGGUGCAGCACAACCGCAUGCACAGCGGGGAGAAGCCCUUCCCCUGCAACGCGUGCAGCCGGCGCUUCGCCUCGUCGCAGCGGCGCCGCGUGCACCAGCUCAUCCACACGGGCGAGCGACCGCACCCCUGCACCCACUGCGACAAGAGGUUCCGGACCGGCAACUCUCUGACCCGGCACGUCCGGACGCACACCGGGGAGAAGCCGUACCAGUGUGUGGUGUGCAGCAGGCGCUUCCAGCAGAGCUGCAACAUGAAGAUCCACAUGCGCGUUCACACCAAAGAGAAGAAGAACGCUUUGAGCAUCUUUGACCCGGAUGUACAAAUCGUGGAGGAUAAGGAUCACUUGGAUCAUGUUGUUGUCAUGAAGUCAGUGGAUCCAUGCGACUAUCGAGGAGAGCCACUGACGCAACCAUCAUACCGGGGAGGCGACCGUCCAGACCCCGUUGGGUUGAACCAGAACCAGCCGCCCGGUGGUUCGAGAGCAACGACGAUGGCUGUCAACAACGACACCUUCCUCGACGGCACAGACGCUCAGCUCCCGCUGGCCUCGCUGCGUCUUCUUGUCCCUCCCCUCCGCUUGAUGUCGGCGUGCAUGUGGCGCGUUGCCCAGCAACGCAACGUACAGCAGUACGGGAAGCUGGCGGAGUUCGUCACCUUGGUAACGGAGAUGGUUCCAGAACUUCUGACUCCCAGGCAGAUGGCUGAGCUCGUAUUGGGACUGCGGGCGAGGUUCAUCCUGGAGCUGGUGCAGGGGGACGACGAGUUGGACAGUACAGCGAUCGAGGAGCAGUUGAUCGCCAUCCAGCUGUUGACAACACAGGACACACCGGAAGAGUUCCCGGAUGGAGAUCUAGGUGUUUCAAAGACGGCCUUUGUGGAACUGGUUCAAACAUUCACAGACAAAAAGUCUUUCAGAAAAAAAUAUGAUUUUUUCAAGAACUCCUUCCCAGAACACUACGGAUGUCGUUUUGACACAUCUCUCCAGAUCCUUGUGUGGGAGUUUCUGUCACGGCUGGAGGAGCUUCUCCCAGUCUCUAGUUUUGUUGAGGUGGCCUCCCACCCGGACCUCGACUCACUCGUCCCCCGACUGGAGGAUUUCGGAUCAGACACGGAAGAUUUAAGAACGCUCUUCCAGCACCCAACCAGAGGGUCAGCGAAGUUAGAGAAGAACCGCUUCCCCUUCAGGUCGGCCGUCAUUCUGUCCUCGCUGGCGUCCAAAGGGACCAGCUUGACCCCGGGCGACCCCUUCAGCGAGGAGGGGGAGGGCGAGGCCGCCGCCCGGCUGCAGGAGGACCCGUCUCUUCUCGGCCGCUCCUCCGGCCGCCACGACCGACCGUCCGUCCAGGCGGAGCCGAGCGGCGACCGAACCGCAGAGGACUUCCGAUUGGCUGACGGUGGUGGUGGCGGCGACGCCCAGAGCGACACCCUGGGCUCCGCCCUCGACGGCGGCCGGAGCCACUCCUGCCCCCAGUGCGGCCGCGCCUUCCCCCGUUGGCCGGACCUCCUGGAGCACCGCUGCCCCGCGGCGCCCCCCCCCCAGCCCGCCCCGCCGCGGCGUGCCAAGCAGGUGUACCAGUGCGAGCGCUGCCCGCGGCGGCUGGUCUCGGAGGGCGGGCUGCAGAGGCACCUGCAGGCGCACCGGCGCGGGGAGGAGCCUAUCGUGUGCCCGCAGUGCGGCAAGACGUUCACGCACCGCUCCUCGCUCACGGUACACCUGCGCCGCCACUCGGGGGCGCGGCCCUUCGCCUGCUCCGUCUGCGGCAAGGCCUUCAAGGAGAAGGGCGUGCUGAAGACCCACCUGCGCGUGCACUCGCCGGACCAGCCCUACCUGUGCAGCGAGUGUGGGCGGGGCUUCAGGUACCUGACCUCGUACGAGCUGCACCUGCGCAGGCACGCGGGCGUGAAGCCCUUCCAGUGCGACGGCUGCGCCCGGCGCUUCUUCACGGCGCAGCAGCUGAAGGAGCACGUGCGCGUGCACACGGGCGAGCGGCCGUACGCCUGCGAGCGCUGCGAGAAACGCUUCAGCACCAAGAACCACCUGAAGAGACACGUCCGGGUCCACACCGGGGAGAAGCCCCACAGCUGCCCCUACUGCGACAAGGGCUUCACCCAGCAGUCCAACAUGAAGAUCCACCUGCGCGUCCACAGACACGACAGCGCCAGCAGGAAGAGGAAGCCCCCACCGUUAGGGGGGCCGGGGGGGCCCUGACAGCGGGAUGUCAUUGGAUGGUAUCCUUCGGUGAACAGAAGAUAUCUGAUGGUGAAGUCCCCCCCCAGAGCAUCAUGCAGACGACAAUGUACCUCUGAAUGUAAACACUGUAUGCUGACACUAUCACUGGUGUUAUUCCAUUAGCACUCUUGGCCGUACUAUAGCGGGUUGAUUUGCGUUUCCACUCCGUUUAAACGUUCCGAACUCUGACCGAGGCCUGCUGGAGAAGGACCACCUCCGAUGUCGGGCCUGUGGGUUCCCAUAACACUACGAUUGCUGCCAUUUUGUUGGCUGUACUCGAUAGAAAGCUGUGAUGUUAUAUUAAAUAAAUCAUCACCUGGCAAAAGGGUCUCACUGUUUUUGUACUUUUUUUUUAUUCACUGGGAUUUUUAUUUUUAUUUAAAAAAAUAAAUAAACAUCUUUCAUUUAUCA